CUACUGUACCCACGUGAGUUUAUCAACAUGGUCGGCAUGUAGCUCCAUGCAGCUGUAAACCACAAGAAGUCAAAAAAAAUAUAUCCAAGAGCUUUAUUUAAGAAGUACGAUGGCGACUGUCCGCAAGAAAGUAGACAAUCGGAUUCGGGUCCAGAUCGAGAAUGGAGUCGCGCUCCAACACCGAACCAUGUUUGUGAUGGUGGGAGACCGAGGGAGAGAUCAGGUGGUGAUCCUUCAUCACAUGCUGUCCAAAGCCGCCGUCAGAGCCCGGCCGUCGGUCCUCUGGUGCUACAAGAAAGACCUUGGAUUCAGCAGCAACCGGAAGAAACGGAUGAGACAGCUGCAGAAGAAGAUCAAAACUGGAACGUUGAAUCUGAAUCAGGACGAUCCGUUUGAGCUCUUCGUCGCUGCAACCAACAUCCGCUACUGUUACUACAACGAGACGCACAAGAUCCUGGGAAACACGUACGGCAUGUGUGUCCUACAGGAUUUUGAAGCGCUCACUCCCAACCUGUUGGCACGAACCAUUGAGACGGUGGAAGGAGGCGGCAUAGUGGUGAUCCUCCUCAGGACGAUGAGCUCUCUGAAGCAGCUCUACACUAUGACCAUGGACGUUCACUCCCGAUACAGAACCGAGGCUCAUCAGGACGUCGUUGGCAGAUUUAAUGAGAGAUUCAUCCUGUCGCUUUCCUCUUGUAAAAACUGUGUCGUUAUCGACGACCAGCUCAACAUCCUGCCGAUUUCCAGCCACAUGGCGAACAUCAAGCCAGUCCCUCCCAAGACUCAGGAGGACGGUUUGUCUCCUCGAGAGCAGGAGCUGAAGGACCUGAAGGAGUCUCUGCAGGACACGCAGCCCGUUGGCGUGUUGGUGGAUUGCUGCAGGACCAUGGAUCAGGCUAAGGCCGUGCUGAAGUUUAUCGAAGCCGUUUCAGAGAAGACCCUGAGGAGCACCGUGGCUCUGACCGCCGCCCGAGGCCGAGGAAAGUCCGCCGCCAUGGGGCUGGCGGUCGCAGGAGCCGUGGCGUUUGGCUACUCCAACAUCUUCGUAACGUCGCCGAGUCCCGACAACCUUCACACCAUGUUCGAAUUCAUCUUUAAAGGCUUCGAUGCGCUGCAGUAUCAGGAGCAUCUGGACUACGAAAUCAUCCAGUCGUUAAAUCCUGAAUUCAACAAAGCAGUGGUGCGAGUGAACAUCUUCAAAGAGCAUCGACAGACCAUUCAGGUAAUCCAUCCCGGAGACGCGGUGAAACUGGGCCAAGCUGAGCUGCUGGUCAUCGACGAGGCUGCGGCCAUCCCGCUUCCUCUGGUUAAAAACCUUCUGGGGCCUUACCUGGUUUUCAUGGCCUCCACCAUCAACGGCUAUGAAGGCACGGGCCGCUCGCUUUCUCUCAAACUCAUCCAGCAGCUGAGGCAGCAGAGCGCCGACAGUCAGCUGAAUCUUUCUGCAGAGAACAGGAACACCAACACAGCAAGGCUAGCAGCAGCUCGGACUCUACACGAGGUUUCUCUGCAUGAGUCCAUUCGGUACGGUGCGGGCGACGCGGUGGAGAAGUGGCUGAAUGAGCUGCUCUGUCUGGACUGCCUCAACAUUCCCAGACUCAUUUCUGGCUGCCCACUUCCACAGGCCUGCGACCUGUAUUAUGUGAACAGAGACACGCUGUUCUGCUUUCACAAGGCAUCCGAGGCGUUUCUGCAAAGGCUGAUGGCUCUCUACGUGGCGUCGCACUAUAAGAAUUCCCCCAACGACCUGCAGCUGCUGUCGGACGCUCCGGCCCAUCACCUCUUCUGCCUCCUGCCGCCCGUUCCGCCCACCCAGAACUCUCUGCCCGAAGUCCUCGCCGUCGUUCAGGUUUGUCUUGAAGGAGAAAUUUCCAGGCAAUCCAUCCUCAACAGUCUGUCCAGAGGGAAGAAGGCCUCAGGAGAUCUCAUCCCCUGGACUGUGUCAGAACAGUUUCAAGACGCAGACUUUGGCAGCCUGUCCGGAGGCAGAGUGGUGCGCAUCGCGGUCAAUCCAGACUACCAAGGGAUGGGCUACGGCUCCAGAGCUCUGCAGCAGCUGCAGAUGUACUACGAGGGGAAGUUUCCCACCAUGGACGAGAGCGUCCAACCGGCUCACACACAGAUCGCCUCCGUCAGCAGCGAAGCGGUCAGUCUGCUGGAGGAGGUGGUGACUCCUCGGAAGGAGCUUCCUCCUCUGCUGCUGAAGCUCAGCGAGAGAAGAGCCGAGAGGCUGGACUAUUUAGGAGUUUCCUACGGACUCACGGCACAGCUGCUCAAGUUCUGGAAGAAAGCAGGUUACACUCCGGUGUAUUUAAGGCAAACACCUAAUGAGCUGACAGGAGAGCAUUCCUGCGUGAUGCUGAAGGAGCUGAACACGGACGAGGCUUCGCAGCAAAGCUUGUGGCUCGCCGCCUUCUGGAAAGAUUUCCGCCGGCGCUUCCUGUCGCUGCUCUCCUACCAGUUCAGCAGCUUCCACCCGAGCUUGGCGCUCAGCAUCCUGCAGAAUAAGAAGCUGAAGGAGGAGGCCGCCUCUCUCAGCAGCGCCGAGCUGGCGGCCCACUUCACGCCGUACGACCUCAAACGCCUGGAGCUGUACUCCAGGAGCAUGGUGGACUACCACCUGGUCAUGGACCUGAUCCCCACCGUGGCACGCAUCUUCUUCCUCAAGCAGCUGGGUGACGUCUCCCUCUCGGCAGCGCAGUGUGCGUUGCUGCUGGGAAUUGGUCUGCAGCACAAACCUGUGGAUCAGCUGGAGAAAGAAAUCGAACUGCCGAGCUCGCAGCUCAUGGGGCUCUUCAACCGUCUCAUCCGGAAAUUCGUACAGGUUUUCACCAGCAUCCAGGAAAAAGCAAUCGAAGCCGAAAUGGUGGCAACUAAAGACGUCAGCAUGGAGCCGACUGUCAGAAGCCUUAAUGAGGAUCUGACUGAAGCUGCCAAAGAGUUUGAGGAGCGACACAAGAAAGAUCUGGAGAAAGUGAAGGAAAUGGAGCUGGAAGAGUACAAGAUCCGUGGAGACGAUGAGGAGUGGGACCAGGUGCUGAAGAAAGCGGGGAGCACGGCUGUCGUCAGCAUCAAAAGCGACAAGAAGAGGAAAUGGGAAGGAGAAAAUGUAACGAGCAACGGGGCCGAGAAGCAGAGGAAGGAAAUGAAACAUGGAAAAUUUAAGAAAAACAAAGACAAACAUGGAAAAUUUGGAAAGAAGGCAUAAAAAAAACCUGCAAAGUGAUCGGACUGCACAUGAUUUGUCUUUGGACUCAUAGAUGCGUAAAUUUUUUUUUUAAUUAUUUCUGCUCCUUGUUGAGUUCAUUUCUACACUUUGCAUAAGGAACCCGUACAACGCUGUAAAACAGCAAAAAUAACACUUUGCCUCAAUGUAUUAAACAUUUUAUAUUUUA